AUGCUAGGUCAGAUCCAUUGGUGUGGAUUGAUAUGUUGGAGACAACUUUUGGAAGAUAUUUUGGCUGCUGAUGUAUUGUUCAUUCUGAUGUUCCCAGUGAUCAAAAUGAAAGCACUCAAGUGUCCAGAGGUUGAUCCCAUUCCAGUUCCACAUGAAUGGUACCAAUCAGGUGAUCUCCUCAUUGGAGGGAUGGCUUCACAGAACCUCUAUGCCUUCAGUGAACAUACUUUUUAUGAACAUCCAUCUCAGGAGCUCUAUGAACUUUCAGAUGUGAUUACAAAAUUCUACCAGCAUGUCCUUUCUUUGGCCUUUGCUGUCAAGGAGAUCAAUGAAAACCCACAAAUCUUGCCCAAUGUUACCCUUGGAUUCCACAUCUAUGACAGCUACAACAAUCCUAAGAUGACCUAUCGGACCACCUUGGACUUACUUUUCAAAUCAGAUAGAUUUCUGCCCAACUACAAAUGUGGACUUCAGAAAAAUCUCCUGGCCACCCUUGGAGGACUUGGAUCAGAUACUUCAUCCCAUAUGGCAGAAAUUCUAGAGUUCUACAAAAUUCCACAGCUUACCUAUGGAUCAUUUCCCCUGGAAGAAAUUGAUAGCUGUCAAUCAUCUUCACUUUACUUUAUGGCCCCAAAUAAAGUUCCUCAGUAUAUCGGGAUUAUCCGAUUACUUCAACGAUUUGGAUGGAAAUGGAUUGGGCUCUUUGCUGCGGACACUGAGAGUGGAGAACACUUUUUGCAGAAAUUGGAGCACUUAUUUUUCCAGCAGGGAAUCUGUUUAGCUUUCAUACAAAGAUUUCCGAAACUAUUGCGUUUGGAUGACCUGGGCAAAUUUAAUGAUAUAAUGUUUAACUUUUAUGCACAUUUCACAGAUGUUAAAACAAAUAUGUAUAUCAUCUAUGGAGAAUCUUUUACACUUGCGUGGCUCACAGCUCUCAAAUCUGUAUGGGAUGCUGCAAAUAAAGGAAAUGCAUCUUUAAGCAAGGUGUGGAUCACCACAAGCCAAAUUGAUUUUAUGCUACCAGGAUCCCAAAGGGAUUGGAAUCUCCAGUUUUAUGAUGGGGCCAUUUCCUUUCAAAUCCAUUCAGGUGAAAAUCAGGAAUUCAAGGAAUUUCUUCAGUCCAUAAAACCAUAUUCAACCCCUGGAGAUGGGUUUCGAAACCAUNAUCUCAAAAAAAUCUUUGCAGAUAAAAUAGCUGAAUCUCCAGAACUACAACCUUUUAAGCUCCACCAAUUUCUUCAAGACAUUUCUUUCAACAACGCAGCAGGAGAGGGAGUGUCUUUUAAUGAGAAGAGGGAAGUUGCAGGUGGAUUUAGCAUCAUCAAUAUGAUCGCUUUUCCAAACAAGUCCAUUAGGACCGUGAAAGUUGGAAAGCUAGAUCCUGAUGCAUCUUAUGGAAAUGAAUUGAUCAUUAAUGAAAAUCUGAUAGAAUGGCACAAAGGUUUUAAUCAGGUUCUUCCAGUUUCUCUGUGUAACGAAUACUGUCGUCCUGGAUAUUGGAAGAGAAAAUCUGAAGAGAAAAGCUUCUGCUGCUACGAUUGUGUUCCAUGUCAACAGGGGACGAUUUCAAGCAAGAUAGAUACAGAAGAUUGUUUCAAAUGUCCUGAAGAUCAGUAUCCAAACAAGGAUCAAGAUCAAUGCCUUAACAAAACAAUGAGUUUCCUGUCCUUUGAAGAAUCUUCAGGGAUUAGUCUGGCCUCAGCUGCUGUUUUCUUCUCCCUCAUGACAACCAAUAUGCUCGGAAUUUUCCUUAAGCGUAGAGAUACCCCCAUUGUCAAGGCCAACAACCGGGACCUCACUUACAUACUACUCAUUGCCCUUCUGCUCUGUUUUUUCUGUUCCUUGUUAUUUCUUACUCAACCAGGAAAAGUAAUCUGCCUUCUCCGUCAACCAGUAUUUGGCAUCAUUUUCUCAGCUGCUGUUUCUUGUGUGUUAGCUAAAACUAUUACCGUGAUUGUAGCUUUCAUGGCUACUAAGCCAGGUUCUUCAAUGAGAAAAUGGUUGGGGAAAAAAUUGUCUCUUUCCAUUGUUCUUUCUUGUUCGUUUUUUCAAGCAAGUCUUUGCAUUCUGUGGCUGGCAACAUCUCCUCCAUUCCCUGAGUUAGACAUGCACUCCCUUAAAGAAAUCAUGAUUUUGCAAUGCAACGAAGGCUCCAUCUUCAUGUUCUAUUGUGUCCUGGGCUACUUGGGCUUCUUGGCUAUUGCCAGCUUUAUUGUGGCUUUUCUUGCCCGUAAUUUACCUGACAGCUUUAAUGAAGCCAAGUUCAUCACUUUCAGCAUGUUGGUGUUCUGCAGUGUGUGGAUCUCCUUUGUUCCAACCUAUCUGAGNACCAAAGGAAAAGCCAUGGUGGCUGUGGAGAUCUUCUCCAUCUUGUCUUCCAGUGCUGGGUUAUUGGGAUGUAUCUUUUUCCCCAAAUGUUUCAUCAUUAUGUUCAGGCCAGAACUUAAUAGCAGACACCAACUAAUCAAACAAAAUAAUUAA